UAGAUGGCGAUGUUGGUCUGGUGGUGCAAUACAAUCAAGAGGAGAAGAACACCACAACAUAGUUCAUUACUUCACGAUCAUUAAACUGAAACGCUGGAUUGACAUUUUCAAGAUUUCAUUUCAUUUCUUCUUGGACCGACUAUAAAAACAGAAAACAAAGUUUCCGACUGAUCAUGAAUGAGCCAGAAGCAAGUCAUUCUCAAGUUGAGCCACCGGAUGCUGCAAACUCUUCAAAUGAUUCCAGUGUGUCCUUAACAUCGCACAUGUUGGCCAAAAUUGAACGGAACAGACAACGCGCAUUAAUGCUCAGACAAGCCAGGCUUGCCAGUAGACCAUCUUCAGCUCCAGAAGGAGCUACUUGUGCUAAAGUGGCCAAAAUUAUAGACUCGGGUGCAGGCUUUUUUAUUGAAGAGGAGACAACAGAGGAUGAGCAACAGGAAAAGAGAGUGGUUGAGCAACCAGCCCCAGUGAUGGAGCCUGAUUAUCUGAUGUGUGACGAGUGUCUAAAACCAUUUAUGGACUCCUAUCUCAGCAACAGUUUUGAUCUGUCUGUGUGUGAUAAAUGCAGAGACAACGAUGUGAAGCACAAGCUAAUAUCCCGCACGGAAGCCAAGCACAAUUUCCUCCUGAAGGAUUGCGAUCUGGAUCAGAGGGAACCACCACUGCGAUUUAUUCUGAGGAAAAAUCCUCACAAUCCACGUUGGGGAGACAUGAAACUCUAUUUAAAGACACAGGUGGUCAAGCGCUCUCUGGAGGUGUGGGGCAGUGAGGAGGCUCUGGAGGAGGCCAAGGAGAGUAGAGAGGAGAACAGGGAGGUGCAAAAGCAGAAACGCUUUAAUAAAAAGGUUAAAGAGCUGAGGCGGGCCGUAAGGAGCAGUAUGUUUAAGAAAGAUACCAGCAUUCAUCAGCAUGUUUACGGCCCAGAGGAGCUGCUAGACGAAGAGGAAGAUCUCUACAGGAAAGUGUGUCAAACAUGCGGACAUGAACUCACUUUUGAGAAAAUGUAAAUACAUCUUCGAAGUCUUCCUGCUGUGGCUACUGUUCAGGGAACAAGCAGGGUCCGGAUCCAGGUUAGCAAAGAGUAAUCCUGAUAUCGACACAUUCUCUUGGAUUGCAGUCCAGGUACCAAUACAGUUUUGCAUCAGUUUCCACUUGAACCAGUUUGGAGUAUCUGAAACGCCUAACCAACACAAUGGUGCUGUUUUACAUUCAUUCCUUUCUGAAGUUUAGAAAUGUCAGCAUUACAGUAGUGUCAGAAAAGAUUAGAGUAUGUCGCUCUUGAUUUAGUCACAAGAGGGCACUGUAGAGCUACUAUUGUCAGAAAACUCUACUGCCAAAAUGACAGAUGAAGGUUGAGUUUUUUUUGUCGGUUAUGGGGGAACACUGCUGAACAUACUCUGAAUCUGUGCAAUGAUGAAGAAAAUACAAAUUGUAAUAUUAAAUAUUACAUCAUAUCACACUGUAAUUACAAUCUGCCCUCUCAAAUGUGAUAUUAUCAUUCCUGAAUAUCUUAACGAUGAGGCAGAAGCACCGAAUUAGUCCAGAGUUGAAGUUGUAACAGGAUCUAAUUUCUCACUCUCCAACCUCGUAAAGUCCAGUGCCUGUUUGUCCGGUGAGAGAGCUUGAUGAUUCCAUACGUAGACGAAGCGAUUCUCUCUCACGGUGUUGUGUUUCAGUCUGUCUGUGUGGCUAUUGAGAGUAUCAGACUUCCCAAUUCACAAGAAACACCAAUGCACUCAUUCCUAAAUGGCCACUUUCUUCUUCACCUUUUAUGCCAAGGUUGACUAGAUACUUUUUGCUGUAUUAGAAAUAAUGAAUUUGGUCUAUGAAAUGUAAAAAAAUAAUUUGUAAUAAAUGUUCUUUCAUCUUGGGAAA